AUGUUUCCAUACUUUGGGCUCCUUAGGGUCCUUCCCUUCCUCCUCACAGUCUUUGUGUCUUUAGCUUCAUCUGAGCAUACAUCGAAUUGGGCCGUCCUAGUUUCGACCUCGCGCUUUUGGUUCAAUUACCGCCACCUCGCAAAUGUUCUCUCGCUGUAUCGUACCGUCAAGCGCCUCGGAAUCCCCGAUUCGCAGAUUAUCCUGAUGCUUCCUGACGAUAUGGCCUGCAACCCUCGCAAUGUCUUCCCAGGAACAGUCUACAGCAAUGCAGAUCGCGCAGUCGACCUUUACGGAGACAAUAUUGAGGUGGAUUACCGGGGCUAUGAGGUAACUGUGGAGAAUUUCAUCCGUCUUUUGACCGAUCGGCUAGACGAAGAUGUACCACGGAGCAAACGCCUUGGGUCUGACGCGGGAAGUAAUGUACUUGUGUAUAUGACCGGACAUGGAGGAGACCAGUUUCUCAAGUUUCAGGACUCCGAGGAGAUUGGAGCUUGGGACUUGGCGGAUGCCUUCGGUCAAAUGUGGGAGAAGAAGCGUUAUCAUGAGCUACUGUUCAUGAUCGAUACUUGCCAGGCCAACACGAUGUAUACGCAUUUCUAUUCGCCUAAUAUCAUUGCCACCGGAUCCAGCGAGCUUGAUCAGUCUUCAUACUCUCAUCAUGCCGACAAUGAUGUCGGAGUUGCAGUGAUUGACCGCUGGACGUACUAUGUGCUCGAGUUUCUUGAAACUCAGGUCACAAGUGCGAACUCUAAACUGACACUGGGCGACUUGUUUGAUUCAUAUGACGAAACUAAGAUUCACUCACAACCAGGCGUGCGGUGGGAUCUGUUCCCUGGCGCUGAGCAGGAGGGCCGCCUACGAACGGUGGUGGAUUUCUUCGGGAAUGUCCAGAACAUUGAGGUUGAGAAUACUACCGCGACUGACCCGGGAUCUUUAAAAGAAGACCUCAUUGAGAUUGCGCGACUGGUUGAGAAAUGGCGCGCACGCGACCGAGAAUACUUGAUCCAACCAGUUGCGGGAUAUGGCGACCUAUCUCGUGCGGGGGAGGAUCUUGUCAAGCCCAUGCAGACUACCAAUGGUGGUAGCGGCGGUGUGGUGGUCUGUCUAGGCGUGGGUGGCUUGGUGGACCUGAGCGAGAUACUCUGCCUCAGCAACCCCGAGGAUGAUGUGGAGGAUAUGGGCGGGGUUGAGGUCUGGGUAUUUGAUGCGAGACGACCGUGGAACCUAGCCAAUGUCUUUGGUGGCGAGCCCGUGUCGGAACAAGCGCUGGGCGAGAUUGAUGCCAAUGCGCGACGGAAAACGCGCGGGGUGAACAAGGGAUGUAUCACACCCUCAUACAAAUCGAGUAGUGGGGGUAUCGUGGUCUACGACGAUGGGGAUAUCGAGGAGGACAUGAGCAAGGAGCGAGAAGCAUAUUGCGCACUGUUAGAGAUGCCGGAGGUAGAUGAAGAAGACGAAGAGGAUCUCGGUGAUGAUUCGGGCAGUGAAGGGGAAGUAGACCAACCAUCGAGUUCGGACUCUAGAAAACGCAAGUCAUGGUCGCGGACGGACGACGAGGACGAAUCUGACGAGGAGGAUGGGCCGCCCCGUCAACGGAGGAGAAGCAAUUCGGGGUCCUCGCUUGCUUCUUCACCCACUCGUCAACGGCCCAGAGCGCAUGAUCCCUUUCAUUCAUCACGCGCUGUCACACCAGUAUUAGAAUCGCCGUCGCUUGCACAACCCAAACAGCCAUCCGCGCGCUCGUUGAAACGGCGCCUACUGCGACUAAAACGAAAACAUGAGAGUGUGCUACAGAAUUACUAUUCCUCUGGCACCUCAUACUCAGAACCUAUAUCGUCCCUUGUGUACUCUUUGGCGUCGGAGCUUGGUCGUGAGGACAACGACCUGCUCUGGCUUGCCAUUGUCGGCGCAUCUAGCUUAGAGCUUAGCGGCCGUACAAUGUCUGGGGUCGGUAUCUCUAACUCGUCGGAAUCUGGAGGGUCAGCUGGUUGGGGUGGUGAACGGGGCGAGCGUAUACGACAGAUUUUACGAGACGAGGUCCAUCGGCUGAACCCACCGGAUCCUUAUGAACGGGAUCGAGAUAUAAGAGGAGAGAUCAACGGUGUUAUCCCAACCACGGCAAAGUCGCCCACAGAUAAAUCUAUUCGUCUGUCGCCUGAACCUAGAUUCAUCCUUAUACGACACUGGUCGCUAUAUGAUAGCAUGCUCCAUAGCCCCUACUUAGCGUCACGAUUACAUGUGUGGACUGAGAAUGGUAGGAAACGACUCAACAAACUCCUAGCUAAGAUGGGCAUCAGCUUGAGCCAGUCUCACCAGAGUUACACCCAUAUGGACAUGGAAUUAAAACGGGUACUACGUCAACGCCUCCUUAAGUAUGCACCAAUGUACGGCCUGGAUGGUUUGGUACCCGCGGAGGCAUCUGGACAUGCUGCCUCUCGUGAGGGAUGGGGUUUCGUGCGCUGCUGGGGCUGGAAGGCUUGUUUGUCUGCCACUGAUGUGGGUGUUAUCAUUGGUGCUAUGCUCGAGGUCGGACCAGAGGAGGCGCCUGGGUCGUGGGACACAAAACACCUUUCGCGACCAAGGAGUGCGCCCGAAUUGAAUGGCGUCGACUCUACCGAGUCGGAUCUAGCCAGUAUUGUGCCCCGAUUCUGGUGUGCAUAUGACGCCCUAUCUCUAACCCCCGAGUCACCUACGCUUCUCCUAGAGGCGCUUCCCCUUGCUCAGCACCUACACCGCUCGAUUUUACGCACCGGCACUUCUUUACUUUCAAAGCAUCAGAUUCGACACUUGCGUGCGUUUCGCAUCGCUGUUGUCAAAGAUGGGCCGGAUGUCAAGUUAUUCACUAAUCCAGGGGCGUUGACUAAGUUAGCCCUGUGGAUUGCCGAAGCAAUUCAAGUACAGGAGCGGGAGCGAGGCGAUUUAGUUAAGAUUGGGCGCAAGCGUGCUGCAGGAACCCCUUUGGUACUGGCUGGACUGGAUGAAGAUCGAGACCUUUAUGUAGUUGUCGGUACUGGUGGGGGAGGUGGUGUGGUUGACUUCGCUGCUUUGAAUAAACGGCGAGAAGAGCGUCGGAAAAAGAAAGAAGUCAAAGAGACGAAGCGAAAGGAAAAGGAAGAGCGGCGAGCGAAGCGUGCGUCAGAGCGGGCUCAACGAGAAGCGGAUGGUGAAGAAGACUUCGAAGAAAGCGAAGAGGAAGAAUCAUCCUCUGAAUCGGAGUCGGAGUCUGAAGACGAAGACGAUACACGCGCCGAUAAACAUCUUUUGCGGAACCGUUUUGGAAUCGCUUUUCAAGAAGUUGUCCAAGAAACCAACACUCGCGUUCGUAUUGACAGCUUUGAUCACUGCGUGGUCGAGGUGCGAAAGGAAGACCUCGGUGCCUUCCUUGAAGCCUUGAGUUUCCGCAGUGUUGUCGGCUAAACCGUUGCUUAUGACCGAUGUUCGCUUUCCCCAAGGACUAUGAUACUGUCUUUUUCUGCGUGACUUCACUAUUACUAUCUCGAAUCUCUUUGAUUGGGCUUCCUUAAUGACCGGUUCGGAUGGCUGGGUGGGUUGUCUUUCGUUUCUACUUCUUCUUUUUUUUUAAUUUUUUUUUUUUUAUGAUGAGAUCUCUUGAGCAUUGCGUGCGACGAGACUUGAGGAGUGCAAGGGAACGGUUUCUGCUAUUCACAAUAAAAGGGAAGGGAGGAUAUGCGUAAUGACUGGUUGGGAUCUAUACGAUCAUUCUUUUCUUUUCUUUUCUUUCUCUUUCUAUUUUUCAUAUUCUGUUUUGGAUCAACAGCAUCUGCAUCACUGUCAUAGUCAUGACUAUUUUGCAUUUUCUCUGCACAUGCCACGGCGCUUGCGGUGUUUUUGAGAGCCCUAUGUUCCUCUUUCUUCUUUUCUCCUCAUUGCAUUGUUCUGUU